AUGAGCAACGAUUCUGUCUCCGCACUCAACAACUACCUCCAGUCGAUCGGCAAGGAGUCAUCUCUGAGCUGGUUUGAGGAAAGGAGCGGUCCAGAGCAUAACCCUGAGUGGACCAUGACCUGCAAGAUCGACGAUAAGCCUAUUGCCACCGGAAGUGGCCCGCAGAAGCAGGCCGCAAAGGAUGCCGCAGCCAAGGGGGCUCUGGACAAACUUCAACAGGGCGGAUAA